GGCCAUUGUGUUGUCAGUUUUGUGAGUAACCCAAGGAUUGUGUCGCUCUUUUUCCUUAAUAAUUCUCGUUGGCAGCAAAGUAUAACGUGUCUACAGACAUGGCGCCGGGCAGUUUGGAUGUGGAGUCGCAGCUUUUGUCCAUCAUGGACGUGCUGGUGAAAGCGGCGGUGGCGGAAAUCGGUCAGCUUUUCUCGGUGAGCUCGGCGUCUCUCCGCCUGAAUCUAACCCAGAGCCUGAAGGAAAACGAAGCCCUGAGGAUGAGGAUGAAGGUGAUGAGGAGCGAGCUCUUCUCUCUCAAGCUGCAGACCAGGACCAACCGACCGGUGAGCCGCUUUACCCCUAUCAGAGGAAGUACACCCAAACCCCGUGCUAAACCCCAAGUUGUCAUUAAGCCACCAGUGGCUCAAAAGACGGGUGGCAAAGUUGUUUCUAUUUCUCUACAAUCGGAGAACAAGCCUUCCACCACUGACUCUCAAGUGGAGUUUGCAAACAUGGAGAUCCCAGAUGUUAUCCUGAUCAAAGAUGAAGAUGACGUUGGAGGAUGUGGGCCAGUGGUAGGUCAGAAUGACUUUGUCAGCUCCAGUAUGCAGGGUGAUGUUUCUACAGGGACUCCGAAUUUAGAGUCCCGCCUGACUAGUGAUAAUAAGGAGCUGAGAAUUGUGAGUGUUCACGGACGAGGGGAAGGACCUCUGCAGGAGGAGCGCGACACUCUCUUCACUGUCUCUGAACUCCAGGCUUUUAGCUCUCUGUCUCCUGACCAUAACGCCAUCCAUGACAGUCUCCAGAAUUUCACCACUGGUGCUAUUGACAGAGCCCCGAUGAGAAGAACGGAGGAUAACAGAAAUGGCCAACUGGAACAAACUCAUUCCAACAAAAUGGCUUCAACAGCAUUUAAUCCUGCCAUAAAUACACAAAUAGUAGGAGUUGAUGGUCAAGUGGGACACCCUAGUCUUGUCAGCCAGUUUGCCCAGCAGCAGAAUGUCUUCCCUCACGGUGUCAAUAAAUCUCUGGACUGCAGCUUCUGUGGCGAGCACUUCCUCAGCCGUGAAGACCUGAUUGUUCACAGGGCCAGUCACACCGGAGAAUCGCCCGUUCUUUGUAACUUUUGCGGUAAGUCGUUCAUCAAUAAGAAUACACUGGGCAUCCACAUGCGCAUUCACACUGGGGAGAAGCCGUACGCUUGUACGCAAUGUGGGAAACGCUUCACGCAGAACGGCAGCCUGAAGAUCCACCUGAGGACCCACUCUGGAGAGAAGCCAUACACCUGCAAUCAGUGCAACGCGAGCUUCAACAACCCCAGCAACCUGCGCAGGCACAUGACCACACACAACCCUAAUGGAGUGCUCUGACCAUUAAAGAUACAAAGUUUGAAGAUUAA